AUGGCCGGCGCAAAGAAGAACUUCAAGGCGACCAAAAAGUUCGAGUCAAAACAUCUCAAGGGUGUUUUGGACCAGAGAAAAGCUGCUGCAAAGAUCAAGCAGCGCCAGCAGGUCAAGAACAAGAAGCAGUCCAGGCGCGCCAGCGAUGCCGAGUUCAUCAAGGGCCCUGCCGAGGGCGAAGCGCCCAAGAAUGCCAAGGGCAAGUCCACAACUGCAAAUGUCGGCGAGAUGAGUGUCGACGACUUUUUUGGCGGUGGUUUCGAGAUUAUCGACAAGAAGCAACCAGGAAAGAAGGCCUCCAAGAAGCUGGGCAAGCGAAAGCGGGACGAACCUGCAGAGGAGGACGAUGAGAGCGGCUCCGAGCUUCCCUCGGAAGACGAAAAACCAGCCGACGACGACAGUGACGAUUCCGGUGACGAAGACGAGGACCAAGAUGUUGGCAUGAGCAAAGAAGCCAUGGAUGCGCUAGCAAAGGACGAUCCCGAAUUCUACAAGUUCUUGCAGGAGAACGACCCGGAGGCUCUUGAGUUUGACAAUGCCGAUCUGGCUGAGGUUGACGAGUUGAGCGCCAGCGAAGAGGAGCAGCCCAAGAAGAAGCGGAAGAAGGAAAAGAAGGUUGCCAAAAAGGACGAGUCGGAGGACGAGGAAGAGGAAGCAGACAGUAACGAGCUGACACAGGCCAUGGUUGCCAAGUGGAAGAAGUCCCUGACCGAGACCUACUCUCUGAGAGCGGCGAGACAAGUCGUUCUGGCCUUCCGAUCUGCCGCACACCUCAACGAGACCGACGAGGAGAACCGGACAUCCCAGCGAUACACGAUUUCAAGCCCGGCAGCAUUCCACGAUAUUCUCAUUGUCGCCCUGAAGCAAAUUCCAGAGGUCUUGCAGCACCAUGUACCCAUCAAAGAGACAGCAGGAGGCAAAGUGCAAGUGCCGACAGAUUCCAAGAAGUUCAAGGUUCUGUCUCUGCUGCUGAAAUCUUACACUUCAGCAAUACUGCAUCUGCUUGGCACCUUGUCCGAUGACGCCACACUGAAGCUCACACUGGCCGCACUGGAACCUCUUGUGCCCUACCUGUUGAGUUUCAGGAAACUUCUCAAGAACCUCAUCAAGACGGUGGUCGACUUCUGGAGCCAAUCCACAAGCAGUGAACCUACCCGUAUCACAGCCUUCCUGGUCCUACGGAAGCUGGUUGUCGUUGGUGACAAGGGAAUUCGCGAGGCCGUGCUGAAGGCCACCUACCAAGGCCUGAUCUCAGGUUCGCGCGUCACCAAUGCCAAUACUGUCCAGGGCAUCAAUUUGAUGAAGAACUCGGCAGCUGAGCUUUGGGGCAUUGACCAGAACAUUGGAUACACGACUGCCUUCAACUUCAUCCGCCAACUUGCCAUUCACCUGCGCAACAGCAUUGUACACAACAAGAACGACGCAUACCGGAAUGUCUACAACUGGCAAUAUGUGCAUUCGUUAGAUUUCUGGUCCUAUGUCUUGGCAGAGCACUGUAACUCUCUUAGAGAGAGUGAGCUGGGCAAGGAAUCUCAGCUCAAGCUGCUCGUCUACCCAUUGGUUCAGGUAACGCUGGGAGCCAUGCGACUUAUCCCUACCGCAAUCUACUUCCCGUUGCGCUUCCACUUGACACGGUCACUCCUUCGUAUCUCCAGAUCGACUGGAACAUACAUCCCCUUGGCUUCUGCACUUCUGGAAGUGCUCAACUCGGCAGAAAUGCGGAAGUCGCCAAAGGCAGCGACCAUUAAGCCACUGGAUUUCCACGUCAACUACAAAGCGCCAAAGACCUACCUUAGGACAAGAGUGUACCAAGAUGGUGUUGGUGACCAAGUCGUUGAAUUGUUCUCGGAGUAUUUCGUGCUUUGGUCGACGAAUAUCGCUUUCCCAGAGUUUGCGCUGCCGGUGAUUAUCAUGUUGAAGCGAUGGCUCAAGCAAUCACGAAAGAAGACUGGCGGCAACAAUAACAAUAAGCUUCGAUCAGGCCUUGUGCUGUUGGUUCAGAAGCUCGAAGCCAAUGCCAAAUUCAUCGAGGGCAAGCGUGCCAAGGUUGACUUUGCCCCUCGAGACAGAUCGCAGGUAGAUGCUUUCCUCAAGGAUUUCGAGUGGGAGAAGACACCAAUUGGUGCCUACGUCGUUGCUCAAAGGAAGGCCGGUACAGAAAAGGCCAGGAUGCUUGAACAGGCGCGCAAGGAAGAUGAGCGAAAGCGAAAGGAGGAAGAGCAGGAGGCUCGGCACGCCAAUGGCGUCGAGGAUGAUGAUGACGAUGAAGAUGAAGACGUCGACAUGGAAGACGAAGAAGAUGAGGACGAGGACGAAUCAUCUGAAGACGAGGACGAGGAGGAGGAUGAAGAAGAUGAAGAUUAG